AUGGGAUCUCUGCAGCAGAGGUGGAGCUGAGAGUCAGACCAGGAGACAACAUCACUCUCUACUGUGACUGUAUCAUAACUACUGGAGUUUACAUUAUGUGGUAUAGGAACUGUUCUCACAAGUACCAGCCUCCUCUAGUUAUUUCAAUGUCCAACGUUAACCAAAAUCUUCUUCUUUCUAAUAAUCCCAACCGUUUCCCUGGAUAUAAUGUGGUGUGGAACCCCUCUAACAACUCCUAUGAUCUACUGAUUGAGAACAUCACUGAAUCUGACCUGGGACUCUACUACUGUGGGACUGUGGAGAACAAUGUAGUGGAUGAUGGAGGUAAAGGAGGAAUUAAACAGAAAGAGUUGUACCACUAUGGAAACAUCACCACUAGGAUUUCACUUGACAUCAGUUCUCCUGAGUCCUCCUCCUCCCCUCCUGAGUCCUCCUCCUCCUCUCCUCCUCCUGAGUCCUCCUCCUCCUCCCCUCCUCCUGUAGACUGUGGUCUGUGUUGGAUGUUGCUGUUCAGCCUGUGUCCUGUGUCUGCUCUCCUCUCCUCUCUCCUCUCCUCCUUCUGUGUCUACUCCUUCUGCAGAACAACAGCUCCAACUGAGACUCAGGUUCCUCUGAACAGGACGACCACCAGGGGAAGUGACAGCAGAGAGCAGACUACAAGUGAGACCCUUACCAGCCUUCAAAACCAGCUCCUGAGACCCUCUCCGCCAGCCUUCAAUACCAGCAGAUGA